ACCCUUGUGCAAGGGCGACACGAGCGGACAGAGCCCCGCGGCAGUGGCGCAAGCCGGUUUAAAAAAAUCCUUUUGCUGAAGAAACACAUUUGCUGGUAUAGUUUCAGAAUGUCAAGUACUAUGUCCUACUGGAUCUUAAAUUCUGCAAGGAAUAGCAUUGCCACAUUACAAGGGGGUGGGCAUUUAUAUGCAAGGUGUGCCUCAAGUAGGAAUAAAUUAAAAAGGAUGCUCUUUUCCUGGGCAUCAACCACCCUAAAAAACAAUGCCCCAUGUAGUGGCUUUGCUCUUCCAAAAGCCUACAGACACACAUCGACAGAGGAAGACGAUUUCCACCUGCAGCUCAGCCCUGAGCAAGUAAAUGAAAUGCUACGAGCUGGUGAGUCAGCCCACAAGAUUCUUGAUCCCAUCAGUGGAGUCCCAAAUUCAGUGUUGCAGUUUGAGAGCAACCAGCUGGCUGCCAAUUCCCCAGUGGAGGACCGGCGAGGUGUGGCCUCCUGCCUGCAGACCAAUGGGCUGAUGUUUGGUGUCUUUGAUGGACAUGGUGGCCAUGCGUGCGCUCAAGCAGUAAGUGAGAGGCUCUUCUACUACAUGGCAGUGUCACUGAUGUCUCAGCAGACCUUGGAGCAGUUGGAAGGAGCAAUGGAAAGCAUGAAGCCCAUGCUGCCCAUCCUACAGUGGCUUAAGCACCCAGAGGACAGUAUCUACAAGGAUGUCACAUCAGUGCACCUUGAUCACCUUCGGGUCUACUGGCAGGAGCUGCUUGACCUGCACAUGGAAAUGGGACUGAACAUGAAGGAAGCAUUAAUGUACUCCUUCCAGAGACUGGAUUCUGACAUCUCGCUGGAAAUUCAGGCCCCUCUCGAAGAUGAGAUGACAAGGAACCUUUCACUCCAGGUUGCUUUCUCUGGGGCAACAGCUUGCAUGGCCCAUAUUGAUGGGGCUCAUUUGCAUGUGGCAAAUGCUGGUGACUGCCGGGCCAUCCUUGGUGUCCAGGAGGACAAUGGCAUGUGGUCUUGUCUGCCCCUUAGCCACGACCACAAUGCCUGGAACCAGGCUGAACUGUCACGAUUAAAGAGGGAGCAUCCUGAGUCAGAAGACAGGACAAUCAUCAUGGACGACAGGCUGCUGGGCGUCCUUAUGCCCUGCAGGGCAUUUGGAGAUGUCCAGCUGAAGUGGAGUAAAGAGCUUCAGCGCAGUGUCCUGGAGAGGGGCUUUGACACUGAAGCCCUCAAUAUUUACCAGUUCACUCCUCAACACUACUAUACCCCACCCUACCUGACUGCUGAGCCUGAGAUCACAUACCACAGGCUAAGGCCCCAGGAUAAGUUCCUCGUGCUGGCCUCAGAUGGUCUAUGGGAUGUUCUGGACAAUGAGGAUGUAGUGAGGCUGGUGGUGGAGCACCUAAGUGAAGCAGGUCAGCACAAGCCAGACCUGGCCCAGAGACCGACAAACCUGGGACUUAUGCAAAGCUUGCUGCUGCAGAGGAAAGCCAAGGGCCUUCACGUUGCUGACCAAAAUGCAGCCACACGUCUGAUCAGACAUGCCAUAGGGAGCAAUGAGUAUGGGGAGAUGGAUCCGGAGCGGUUGACUGCAAUGCUGACAUUGCCAGAGGACUUGGCGAGGAUGUAUAGGGAUGAUAUCACUGUCACUGUGGUGUAUUUUAACUCAGACUCAAUUGAUGCAUAUUACAAAGGACUUUAAGAAUCUCCCAUCCUAUUGCCAAGGUUAACUUAAAUGUUCUUCUCAGACAUUUUCACUUACUUUUAAACUGGCUAUUCAAAUCUAACUGUUAAAAGUGCAGUCAGGUGUAGCUUGCUUAAUAGUAGACUAAUGUGAGAUGAUAAAAAAGAACAGCCUAAGUUUAAAAACAAUAGCAAUGCCCUGGCUGGUUUGGCUGGUUUGGCUCAGU